UGUAAAGGGGUCCAAAUUGAAAUACAUAUAUUAGUAUAGUCCUAGUCUUGGGAGCCAAUCGUUGUUUCCACGACUACUUUUUCCCCAAACUUCAUCUUUUUUUCUCUCUUUAUAUUACAUCUCCAAGUGUUGCUCAUUGGUUCCAUCUUCCUUCACAAGCAACAAUGAUACGAUAUUGUCACGAAACAGAAGAAGAACAAGACAUUUCUCUUGAAGAUUAUCAAGUAUCUUCAUCUCAACCACUUCAUCGAUGUAUUGCCACUCUUGCAUGUCAUACAUCAUCCUACAUUUCAUCUCUAACCCUUACAGGGAAGAGACUUUACACAGGCUCUAACGACGGAGUUGUCAGAUUGUGGAAUGCUAACACGUUAGAAACGUUGGCGGAAGCAUCAAGCAGCGGCGGUGAUGUAAUAACAGGGGAAAGAGGAGGUGGAGGAGCAGUGAAAUCUUUGGUAAUCUUGGCUGAUAAACUCUUCACAGCACACCAAGAUCAAAAGAUACGUGUGUGGAAGAUAAACGACGUCGUUGAAGAAGACGUGGGUGGUAAAAAGUACAUGCAUCUAGCGACUAUGCCAACGAUGAGUGACCGUUUAGCAAAGUGUUUGAUGCCAAAGAACCAAGUCGAAAUAAGGAGGCACAAGAAAGCUUCAUGGGUUCACCAUGUAGACGCGGUUUCGGGUUUAGCCUUAUCAAGAGAUGGAACGCUACUCUUUUCUGUCUCAUGGGACAGAACGCUCAAAAUCUGGCGAACCACCGAUUUUAAAUGCCUAGAGUCUUUCACAAACGCUCACGAUGAUGCAAUCAAUGCGGUUGCAUUAUCCGAAAAUGGAGAUAUAUACACAGGAUCUUCUGACCAGAGAAUCAAAGUGUGGAGAAAGAACACCAAUGAAGAGAAGGAGAAGAAGAAGAAAAAGCAUUCUUUGGUUUCAAUAUUGUCAGAACAUAAUUCGGGUAUUAAUGCAUUGGCCCUGAGCGGUGAUAACGGAUCUCUUUUGCAUUCGGGUGGAUCCGACGGAUCGAUAAUGGUGUGGGAAACAGACGAAGGUGGAAACAUUGUCGUUGCUGGAAUGCUAAGAGGUCACACAGAGUCUGUUCUAUGCCUCACGGUUGUUUCGAACAUACUUUGUAGUGGCUCUGCAGAUAAGACGGUGAGGCUAUGGAAAUGUUCCGCGACGGAUUAUUCAUGCCUGGCUAUGUUAGAGGGACAUAGCGGACCUGUUAAAUGUUUGACCGGGGCAAUUCGUGAUUCGGGUAAACCAUCUGAGGCUUCUUAUCAAAUUUACAGUGGAGGACUUGACUCUCAAGUUAAGGUUUGGCAGAUUUUGGUGCCAACAUCAUAAAAAAGAGUUACUAUAUCAUUAAGCUUGGAACGUUUCUUUCCCUAUAUUGAUGAGUUGACGAGUUUUAUUGUGUGAGUUUAUCUUUUGGGAGAAUAGAUGAACGAGUGUGCAAUGUUGUACUAUGUUAGUUUGGAUAAGAAAGAAGAUGACUUGUAUCAACAUUCUAAUAUAUGAUUUGACAGUGA